ACUUUCGAGCGGCCACACUAGUGCCGCCGGAAAAUGGAACUGGAGUGGUGUGGUGUUGUGUUGGUUUGGAUGUAUGUGCGUACAUAAUGAUGUAGGUGUACUUAUGCAAUACGUAGGUAAUUAUUUGUCAAAGAAAUGACGAAAUAGUUAUUAAAUUGAAACUGCUAGUUGACUUGGUUUUGGCUGGCCUAGCACUACAUUCAGUACCAAUUCUGUUGUGUCGUUGUGACAUUGCAAUUUAUUAUCAUACUAUCAGUAACUUUUACUCACGAUUUAUUUUACUUUAGUUUUUAAAAUACAAAUUCUAUAACUUUUCAAAAUUGGGGUUUUCCGGACACUAUUUCUUUUUAAAUCCAUAAAAACCUCACUCUGUAAAACUAUGUCGAAAACGCAGGAUUUUACGGAUGGCUUUACUCACAAUGGAACUGAAAGUAUCAAUGGAGAAAAAUUAAUAUAUCCUGCUGCAACAAGGAAUCAAGAACCUAUACUACAAGUUUUGAAGAGGUUUAUAAUAUGUGAUGAAGAAAAUAUUUCUGAUGAAAGUCCUUUGUUCUUAGAGGUUUCAUCAGGCUCUGGCCAACAUUUAUAUCACUUUGCUCCUCAUUUCCCAGGGGUUAGAUUCCAACCCACAGAAUAUGACAAGAGUUUGCUUGGAAGCAUAACUUAUUAUAGUCAAGCCUGCCCUACAAAAAAUAUUUAUGCACCAAUACAGCUUGAUAUUUGCAAUGAUUUUAAAGACUAUGGUUUGCAAGAAAAUUCUAUUGAUUAUCUUUAUAAUGCAAAUAUGAUCCACAUCACUCCAUACCAAUGUACUUUAGGUUUAUUUAAGAAUGCUGGAUGUUAUUUGAAGCCUGAUGCCCUUAUGAUAAUGUAUGGGCCUUACUGUAAAGAUGGAAUAAUAUCACCACAAAGUAACAUUGAUUUUGAUGCUUUUCUGAAAAGUAGAGAUCCUUCAUGGGGCCUUCGUGAUAUUAAUGAUUUAAUUAAAUUAGCAGAAGAGAAUGAUUUAUCUUUAAUAGAUACUAUAGAAAUGCCUGCAAAUAAUAAAAUACUAAUCUGGAAGAAAAAUUUAAAUACUUAAAUAUUUGCAUUUCAAACGAAAAUAGCAAUAAAUAAUAUGUAGGUAGUAUUAGAUUAUAUUAGAAGAUUGGGACUAUAGUCUGAGAUGCGCAAAAUGUAGUCAGAUCCAUUGAUCUGACUACAUUUUGCGCAUAUGCAAUGUUGUUGCAAUCCUUAAUCAUUAUUAAGGAUUGCAACAACAUUGCAUAUUAUUUAGAAAGAAUUAACAAAAUAAUCAACUACAUUAAGUCAUGAUUAUGUUGCAAAGAAUAUUUAAUCAUUUUCAUGAUUAUAUUUUUCAUAAUUCGAUCUAGACUGGUUUGGUAGGGUUGUAAUGUAUUUCACGUCUUAUUCCCUUACGGGGUCGACAUAACCAAGGGACGCGAGACUCGAAGGUAUUAUGUUUAGCUGGAUUGACGUAAAGCUGGCUCUGUCUACCCCGUAAGUGAUAAAGACAUGAUAGUUAUACUAAACUCCCAUCCAAACCGAACAAUGAUGAAUGAUGUGAAUAAUAAUCAUGUAGAUUCAAGUAUGUAAAAUAAUCAUGAUUGAAAGUAAUGCUUGAUGUAAAUUGAUUAUCAAUCAGAUUACGAAAAUAGGUAGUUGAUUACGCCCAACUCUGACUGAAGUAUUGCACUCGAUUGGAUAUGUAACCAUUGACUAAUAAAAAUAUACAUAUUUGUAAUGCUAACAUUUUAAUCCAACAAAUUAAAACUUUAUUGGAACCAAA